CCAAAAUGGCGGCUGGAACGUGCCUUGGUGAAGCAUAAGAACUUGUUAGAUUUUAAACGUCUUGAAGUUCACAGUUAAAGAAAUGGCUGUCAGCAGAAGAGAGUUAGAGGAACUGAAACCAUGGGUAGAAGAAACUGUGAAGCGACGUCUGGGGUUUAACGAGAAAACCGUAGUUAACGCUGCCCUGUAUUGCGUGAAAAACGACUUGGAUAGAAGUUCAUCCCGCGAAAAACUAUCGUCGCUUCUAGAUGAUUUAGCCCCUCAGUUUGUGAACGACUUGUUCGACAAAGUGUCUCAGUUAAAAAGCAACAAGACCUCGGGCGCUGGAAGAAGUUCUCAGGCGAAGAAACGAACGCUUGAAGAUGUGUUUGGAGAUGACACGGGAGAUGACAGGACAGACAUGGAUAGUCUGAAAAGCAAACGAAAACAGAGUCGAUUUGACGCCUUAAAGGAGGACAAUGUACCAUUGCCUCCUGCUAUUUCCGAGGUAACAGAGAGGCCUACUCCACUGAGCAGCACUCAGAUCAGCGAAAUGGUGGCAAGUAUGAAGAAACAAAUUGAAGAACGGAAGAAACAGUUGAAUGUUAUACGGCAAGUACAGCCGGCGGCUGCUCCUCCAGUACAAGCUGCCACACCACAGUCAAUCCCCUUCCAGAGUGUUCCUAGUAUACAGCAACAGCAGGAAUUGAUGAAUGAAGCGAUAGAAAAAGCCAAAAGAGCUGCAGAACUACAAGCCAAGAUCCAAGCUCAGCUGGCAAACAAACCAAACCUGUUCUCUUCAUCAGGACUUACCAGCACUGGAGCAAACCUGAUCAAGUCAGGUUUAAUUUCAGUGAGUGCCAUCAAAGAGGACGGCUCUCAUCCACGCGCCUUGAUCUUGGAUGAGUCUGGCCGGACUGUGGAUGCUGCAGGAAGGGCCAUUCAGCUGACCAGUAGAAUGCCAACACUGAAGGCCAACAUCCGUGCUAAGAAAGCAGAGCAGUUCAAGAUUGAAAAACCUCCAGAAGAUUUGAAUGAAAGCAGAUAUUUUGAUCCCAGAGUGGGGAUAAAAGCAGCACAACGAAGCAAGCGAGGAUUUAAGUUCCAUGAAAAGGGAAAGUUUCAACAAAUAGCUCAGAGAAUAAGAGCUAAGACACAGCUGGACAAACUUCAAAAAGAGAUUGCAGCAGCAGCAAAGAAAACAGGUAUUUCGUCAGCAACCAAACUUGCACUGAUCACGCCAAAAGAAGCCCAAGAAGAUAUUGUCCCAGAUGUUGAAUGGUGGGAUGCUAAUAUCUUACCUAGUGGAAAGUACAUUAGUGUAGAGGCUGAUAUUAUGGAGGACAGUAUUGGUGGUGUGACGGCACUGGUGGAACAUCCCAUACAGAAACAUCCUGCAGCUGAACCCAAGGAAGCUCCAAUAGCACCCAUCAUGUUAACAAAGAAGGAAAGAAAAAAGAUUCGCACACAGAGAAGACGAGAGGUUGAAAAAGAAAAACAAGAAAAAAUAAGGCUUGGCCUUGAACCUCCACCACCACCUAAAGUUAAAAUCUCCAACUUGAUGAGAGUUCUGGGUAAUGAAGCGGUGCAGGAUCCAACUAAGGUUGAAGCUCAUGUGCGAGCACAGAUGGCACAAAGACAAAAAGCUCAUGAAGCUGCCAAUGCUGCUAGGAAACUUACUCCUGAAGCACGGCGCGAGAAAACUAUUCGUAAACUAAAGGAGGACACUUCACUUGGCGUACACGUGGCAGUAUUCAGAGUCACAGAGCUUAAAAACCCUCAGAGAAAAUACAAAGUCGAUAUCAAUGCACAGCAACUCUACUUAACAGGUUGUGCUGUCCUCUACAAGGAUGUGAAUAUUGUCGUUGUCGAGGGAGGUCCAAAAGCUGUGAAGAAAUUCAAACGGCUAAUGCUGCAUCGAAUCAAAUGGGAAGACGAGAAAGAUUCUGAUGAUGAUAACGACGAGGAAGCAGCCAACAAGAAGACUGCUCCUUGUGUGCUAGUCUGGGAGGGUACCAACCAACAGAGGAACUUUAGCGACUGGAAAUUCAAGUUAUGUCCGAUGCAAUCCAUGGCGAGAGAUCACCUUAAAAAAUACGGCGUAGAACACUACUGGGAUUUGGCGCUCAGUGAAUCACUCCUAGAAAAUGCCGAUGAUUAAAUUCUCUUUUUGUUUUGUUUCCUUUGUUUUGUUGUUGUGGCUUGCAAGUGCAAAUGUAGUCGAGUGAAGUCAAAAGAACUCGUCACACACAUCCAGGAAACUUGUCGCAGUCGGGAAGGUCAAAUAUCAAGUACAGUUUUUGACAAAUGUACGAAGAAACUGUCCGAAACCAGUGUGAGCUCUCACGGGGCUUCGACAUUUGACACUGACGAAAACAUGCCGCCAUGAGAAUACUUCACUGCGCUGUCGUGAGCAGUUUCUAUGACAACACAAAACAAGAAAAACGCGCGCCUAGACAAUCACAGAGAAGAAGUAUUGACUGAUAAACGUACUUUGUUUGAACUGUCGAUUGUCUUUCACGAAUAGUUUAAAUAUAGACUGUCUUACGUACCUGAGUUGUGUUUUAAAUUAAGACUAUUUUGAAAUUAUCUCUGGUGUUUUCACCAUAUUUUAAUUCCAGUUUCUUUGGGGUAGCGUGUUAAAUUCUGGUAAUGUUCAGUUUUUGCUUUUCUUUUUACUUUGGUUUGCAACCGUUAAUCCCAAGGACUUAAUUUCCGUAUAUCGGGGGAAUCCCAAAUGAUCAGGGAAUUUCUUGUUUUCUGCCCCAUUCCCUACUUGAGAAAGCACUGAAUCUUAAGUGCCCACGUACUCGGGUAUACUCCAUAGUUAGAGAUAAUUGGCGACACGGAAGGUGUCCGAGAUAUGUGCCAUUGUAGCCGAUCAUUCUCAAUUUAUGAGCCUCGACGAAAUAAUUAGCUGUGUUACCAAGCCUCCGUGCCUGCAGUGUGCAAGACAGUAGUGCCCAGAUCUCCAAGAGGGAGGUGAUGUGAUAAAAAUAAGAGCGAAAUCUGUGAUCGUGUGAGUCAGUCACAGUAUUUUGAGUUAUUUUGGCCACGUACAAAAUUACCUUAAAAUCGAAGGAACCUGAAAAUAAUUGUUUACUAAGAUAGAAAAACACCAAAGAGGAAACAAUACACCAUAAAGGAAAAAGGGUGGAGACGAUUGACAUAAAUUACAAACGACGAAUAACUUGAACCAUAGUUGACCUAUGCUUGAACAAAUUAGGCAAAACUUAUCGAGAUGCACAAGCAGUGACGUAGCUUCUUUAUGUGUUUACUGAGUUUGGUUUUAAGAAAGCAUUCAUCCACUUCCAUCUUCUCCCAUUGAAUAAUUUAUUUUAAGUAGCAAAUAUUUUACAUUUAUCUCAAAUGCAGAAUAAACAAAUGUCUUUACCGCGUCAAAGCGUAAAAAUUUACAUGUAUACAACUCAAUCUACAAAAUUCAAUAGCCGAUCCAAGUACUUUUU